AUGCUGCUGCAGAAAUGGACGUCUAAUAAGCCGGAGUUGCUGCGAGACAUUGCUUGUUCGGUGAACGAGUUUGCUACCCAUCUGAUUGAUGAUCAGGAGUGUCAUAGGGCUCUUGGUCUUAACUGGGAUUCAACUCAUGAUAUUUUCUUUUUCUCUCUGAAGGUGCAGGGGGAGGCUGAGGAGCUUACUAAGAGGAUGGUCUUAUCACAAGUGGCGCAACUCUAUGAUCCUCUGGGGUGGAUUGGUCUAUUUGUUGUAAAGGGAAAAUUACUUGUGCAGGAGUUGUGCAAGCUAGAGCUUGGUUGGGAUGAAGAGCUCAGCGAAGAAUUCGGCAGACGUUGGAUGCGGUUCGCUCGGGAGGUUCGUGAUCUGUGGGAGGUUAAGUUGCCCAGGUACUUUGUGAUGAACGAGACUAUUUCGCAUGUUGAGUUGCACAGUUUUGCUGAUGCUUCGGGGGCUGCCUAUGGAGCUGUGGUGUAUCUGAGAGUUACUGAUGCAGCUGGUGGAUUCCAUGUGACUCUGGUGUCGGCGAAAUCGAAAUUGGCGCCUAUCAAAGACAGGAAGAGCUCAGGCAAGGUAACCAUCCCGAGGCUGGAGCUGAUGGCUACUUCUUUGCUAUCAUGGCACAUCGUGGCAGUUGUUAGGGCCUUAGAGAUAGAGGGGAUGAUAGUGUGCCUGUGGACUGAUUCUUCGGUGGCUUUGUCCUGGAUUAAAUCUGAUCCCAUGAAGUUUAAGCAAUUCGUCAAGAAUCGCGUGGAGGGGAUUCAGAAUUUGGUGCCUCACGCUCGCUGGAGACAUGUUGCUGGGGAGGAUAAUCCUGCGGAUUUGAUAUCCAGGGGGGUGUCAGCUGGGAAAUUGGCUGCAUCUCAGCUAUGGUGGAGUGGCCCAUCAUGGCUUCUGGUGGUGACUGCCUGGUGUAGGAGAAUUUUUUUGGUGCAGUGGGGAAGAGUGAGUAAGAGUGCUAAGAAGUUUGAGAGUUUGGUUCUAGGGCCUGAGGAACUGGAGGAUGCAAGGAAAUUUUGGAUGAGACAGACUCAAGGCGAGUGGUUUGCUGAGGAUCUGAGGAAGUUGAACGAGUCCAAGGAGGUGGCUCGGGGGAGUCAGCUUUUCAGACUGGUGCCUUUUUUGGAUGGCGAGGGUGUUAUGAGCCUCACUGGGAGGUUGCAUAAAUCGUCUCUGGAGGAGGAUUCCAAGCAUCCAGCAAUAUCGCCUGCUAGCUCUCAGUUUACCGAGCUUGUGCUUCGUGAUGUGCACUUGAAAACUUAUCAUGGAGGAGUUCAGCUGAUGUUGACUACUCUCAGGAGGAGCUAUUGGAUUCUGGGAGGCAGAAGGCCUGUUAAGAAUUUCAUUUUCCGCUGUGUUGCGUGUACGAGGCAUCGGGGAAAGGUGGCCAAGCAGCUGAUAGGGGCAACUACCUUUGAGGAGGAUUACGCCUGCACCACAGACGGAUUCCUCGCUUGCUAUAAGAGAUUCGUGUCUAGAAGGGGCUUGUGUGAGGCGAUUUCGAGUGACCAGGGGACUAACCUGGUGGGAGCUGACAAGGAAAUGAGGAAGCUCUUCGAUGCAGUGAGUAAGGAGGGCCAGGCUAUUGCUCAUUCUGUUGCUAACGAUGGCACAAAAUGGAUCUUUAAUCCACCUCGGACGCCACAUCACGGCGGAAAGUGGGAGGCUGCUGUGAAGUCUGCGAAGUUUCAUUUGAAGCGAGUCAUUGGUGAUGCUCUGAUGACUUACGAGGAGUUCUCAACGUUACUGGUGCAGAUUGAGGCCAUUCUUAAUUCGAGACCUUUGUGUGAGCUUCCGAAUGAUCCCGACAAGUUCGCCGUUCUGACUCCAGGUCACUUUCUCAUCGGGUCAGCUCUGUCUGCCUCCACCGAGUAUAUGCAGAAGCUUCAAGGAAUAGACAAAUGGCAUCGCAGCAUUCCUAACCUGCAGGUAGGGGCUCUGGUUCUCAUCGUGGAUAAGAGGUUCCCUCCUACGAAGUGGCCUAUGGGGAAGGUCAUUCAGCUUCAUCUGGGGAAAAAUGGUCACUGUCGAGUGGUCUCGGUUAGGACUCAGUCGUCAACAUUCACCAGGCCUGCUACGAAGAUCUGCCCAUUACCUGUGGAGGUGAUGCCUGCUGGCACUGUUGGAGAUGAGGAACUUGCUGGUGGCACUGAUGAGGGUUCAGGCAGUUAG